AUGCUCGCUCAAAAGUUCACCAUCUCCGCCAAGGCGGUCAACGUCACCUCCGCCAAGGUGCAAAAGCGCGGCCAAACCAUCGUUCGCCGUAACUCCAAGGGGGGCGAAGAGGGUGCCCGUGAUUUCGGUAACUCCGCCAUGGCGAUGAUCGUCAAGGCCGCGGCCUACGGUCUCCUCGGUGCCGCGAUCACCAAGUCUGGCGCCGAAGACUCGUACAUGCAAGAAGGCCCGAUCACCGUGUUCGCCCCGGAUGAUGACGCCAUGGGUGACUUCGCCAAGACUCAAGGCUUGUCCAAGGUUGAGUUGAUGAACUACCCGGAACUCAAGACGCUCUGCUUGAACCACGUCGCGGUCGGCAAGUUCGACUCCAAGAACCUCCCGGCCGAGGUCACCAUGAUCUCCGGCAAGAAGGUCUCCACCGCCGGUCUCAAGUUCAAGAAGAACGACAUCGCCGUCGGCAACGGUCUCAUCCACGCUAUCAAGGAAGUGGUUGUCUAA